AAUUUAGAUGCACUGAACAUCCACUCACCGUCCCACACACAAUCUAUACGUUACACAACAUAAGAUUCAACCCUAAGAAAUGUCAGAGAACGAUAAUACAACACUUGUACAAACACACUAGUACCAAACCUAGAUUCCCCAUCUCAUUCGAGAGAGAUAAGAUAAAGAGUGUGUGUUUGAACGUAGAGGUGACUUUUUUUUUGAGUUUUGGUGAACCAAACACGCCCCCCAUCUCUUCUCAUAAUUAUUAUCACCUCUUCUACACGUUACCUCUUUGCUGCAAACUCACGCUCCUCUCCUAAUGCACGUGACUACCACGCUCCACUUUCAAUCUCUCUGUUCUUUUUACCCAACACCAUUCUUCUUUUGUCUCAAUCCAAUUCGCUUAAAAAGAUCUUUUCCAAUCUCAGUUCACAUUCAAUUAACAAAACAUGUUUCCUGAUAUAUAUACUUUUCGAUUUUUGUGUUUUUUUUUCAAACUAAAACAUUUCACACAUAUAUGUAUGGUCACAGUCUUCUAAUCAAUUUCGUAGAAAAUUUAAAAUAACAUUUCCUCCAUUUCCUACUAAGUUUUUUCAGACAUAUUAAAAACUUCUGGGUUAUUUCUAAUUAAUAUUUUUUAUUAGAAGCUAUAAAAUUGAUUUUUCAAAUGUAUGCAAUCAAAAUGUAAAAAAAAUUAUAAUGAAAUUUUUUUUAAAUGAACACUUUAUAUAAAAAUAGCGUUGGAAUUGGAAAAUUCAGUAAAAAUAAGCUUUAUCAGAUUAUUUAAAUAAGCUUUAUCAGAUUGAUUUUUAUUUUAUAUUAUUGUAAAAAGCCGCGAUAUCUGUUCAAAAAUCAGAAAUCAAGAAGUCACGCCUAUAUCUUUCUCUCUCCCGUCACUCUCACUCCUCCUCCACGUCUUGCUUAUCAUUACAUCGAUCCUCCUUUGUCUCUCAUCUCUGUUUUUCUCACUCUCCAUAGAUAAUCAAGAAUCAAUGGACUCUGCAUUGUCCCCAAGCCCAUUUGAUCCCACAAAAACACCAAACGCAGAGCCAAAGAAAAGCUUCAUGUCCUCUCUCAUUACCCUCCGCUCCAACCACUUCAAAGAAGACACUUACUUCGUCUCCGAACUCAAACCCGCCGAGCAGAAAGCUCUCCAAGACCUCAAAGAGAAGCUCUCGUCUUCCUCCUUCGGAGCUUCCUCCAUGUGGGGAGUCCCUCUCCUCGGCGGAGACGACAGAGCUGACGUCAUCCUCCUCAAGUUCCUCAGAGCCAGAGACUUCAAAGUCGGAGACUCGCUGAGGAUGCUCGAGAAGUGUUUGGAGUGGAGAGAAGAGUUCAAAGCAGAGAAACUGACCGAAGAAGAUCUUGGCUUCAAGGAUUUGGAAGGCAAAGUCGCUUACAUGAGAGGAUACGACAAGGAAGGACACCCCGUGUGUUACAACGCGUACGGUGUGUUUAAAGAGAGAGAGAUGUACGAGAGAGUGUUUGGUGACGAUGAGAAACUCAAGAGCUUUCUGAGGUGGAGAGUUCAGGUUCUGGAGAGAGGUGUCAAGAUGCUUCAUUUCAAACCUGGUGGUGUUAAUUCGAUGAUUCAAGUCACGGAUCUUAAGGACAUGCCUAAGAGAGAGCUUAGAGUUGCUUCAAACCAGAUCCUUUCUCUCUUUCAGGAUAAUUACCCUGAGAUGGUUGCUACUAAGAUAUUCAUCAAUGUGCCUUGGUACUUCAGUGUCAUCUACUCAAUGUUCAGCCCUUUCUUGACGCAUAGAACAAAGAGCAAGUUUGUUAUGUCCAAAGAAGGAAAUGCAGCUGAAACACUCUACAAGUUCAUAAGGCCGGAAGAUAUUCCGGUGCAGUACGGCGGUCUUAGCCGUCCUACUGACUCACAAAAUGGACCGCCAAAACCUGCAUCUGAAUUCUCCAUUAAGGGCGGUGAGAAAGUUAACAUUCAGAUUGAAGGCAUUGAGGGUGGAGCAACUAUAACAUGGGAUAUAGUAGUUGGAGGAUGGGACUUAGAGUACACGGCAGAGUUUGUACCAAACGCUGAAGGGAGUUAUGCAAUUGUGGUGGAGAAACCAAGAAAGAUGAAAGCUUCAGAUGAAGCUGUGUGCAACUCUUUCACGACAGGAGAAGCUGGGAAACUCAUUCUCUCUGUUGAUAACACUUUGUCCCGCAAGAAGAAAGUCGCUGCUUAUCGUUACACUGUCCGGAAAUCUACCACUGCAGCCGUCUAAGGCCUCGUUGUUGAGAAGAUGGGUUUCUUAUUACUACUUUUUUUUUGGUUGUGCUGAGGAUUUUCUUUCUUGAGUUUGAGUACUAGUUUGGACUGGGUUUCGAAAAUGCGAGGAGAUAUGUAUAAAAACAAUGAUUGUAUGACAUUUUAAUGUUUGGCUUAAUAUUUAGGUAACAUCAGACA